AUGAAGAGUAGAGAAAUCCCAAUUGACGAGGUCAACAAAUUGGAAACGGAGCAAUCUGUAUCCAAUGUAGAUCAGUUUACACCGCCUGCUGUUGACUCUCUUCUGCAAAGACUGGAAAUUCUAGAAGACAUACUCUGUAGCAGCCAAAAGUCUCUCACUGAAUCUCAAGCAAUUGCAAAGAUCAAUGACCUUGUGGAAGCAUCAAAAAAUAUGGAAUUGACGCUCUCAAAUUUGCAGGAAAAAUACAUUGAUUUACAUGCUAAACAGAGCAACUACAAAACAACCAUAACCAACAUAAACCGCGUAAAGAAAAACCAGCAGCUUCUUGGAUCGAGGUUGGAUUUGUUGGAAAACAAGAGAGAACAAGAUGACGGUUAUGGUAAUAGUGCUGCUGAGCAGUUUUUGGAAUCUCGGAUCAAACUUUUGGAAGAAGCUUUAUUCAGUGUGCAAGCCUUUGAACCCAACGCACAGUUGAUAAAAGAGAUGAAGGAUUUAUCCGAAAAGAACAAGGCUGCAGAAGUCAAAAACAAGUUCUUGCAAAAGAAACUGGCCGAUACUCAUGCAAAUCAAGUGGUUCUUCGUGUAGAUUUGGACAAUUUGGACCGCAGAACCGCAAGUAUCCGAGAAGAUUUGGAUAGCAUGAACAAUACAGUUGCAACAAAAAUUUUGGCUUUGAAAGAAAAGAAUGUCUCUAUUGCUUCUAACAAAAAAAAUGACAACCAAGAACAAAAUAGCAUGAAUAACACAACAUCACCUACACAAUCAUCUGAACAUUAG